CGAGGGGGCGGGGCUCCGGCCGCCGCCCGCGGUCUGGGGAACCUGAGGAGCAGAGCCGCGAGUGGAGAGGCGCCUGGCCGGUGGCGGGCCCGAGAAGGGCGUUCCCGGAGCGGUUGCGGGGGAGUCAGCCGCCGCCCCUCGACCUGUUUCCGGCGUCUCCCUUCGUCUCUGCCGUGACGUGGGAGAGCCCGGCGCGCGGCGGGGGCGUGAGGUGGAGACGGCGGGGUCGGCCAAUGCGAAACUGGCUUGUGCUGAUGUGCCCGCGUGUGCUCGGGGCCGCGCUGCACCUCUGGCUGCGGCUGCGCUCCCCGCCGCCCGCCCGCGCCUCGGGGGCCGGCCCGGCAGAUCAACUGACCUUACUUCCUCAAUGGAAAUCCAGUCACUAUGAUGUGGUGGUUGGCGUGCUGUCUGCUCACAAUAACCAUGAACUUCGCAACAUUAUAAGAAGCACGUGGCUGAAGCACUCACUACAGCAUCCAGCACUGAGCCAGCAUGUGCUUGUGAAGUUUGUAAUGGGUGCUCGUGGCUGCCAAGUGCCUGUGGAAGACAGGGAGGAUCCUUACCCCUGCAGACUCCUGAACAUCACCAACCCAGUUUUGAAUCAGGAAAUUGAAGCAUUCAGUCUUUCCGAAGACACUUCAUCAGGGCUCUCUGAGGAUCGAGUUGUCAGCGUGAGCUUCCACGUUCUCUAUCCAAUCGUCAUUACCAGUCUCGGGGUGUUUUAUGAUGCCAGUGAUGGGGGUUUCCAGAGGAACAUCACCGUCAAGCUUUACCAGGCAGAUCAGGAGGAGGCCCUCUUUGUCGCUCGCUUCAGCCCUCCGAGCUGUGGGGUGCAGGUGAACAACUGGUACAAGCCUGUGGAGCAGUUCAUCUUACCAGAGAGCUUCGAAGGUAACGUGUGGGACAGCCAAGACCUCCAAGGCCUGGUGUCCAGGAACCUCCACAGGGUGGCAGUAAAUGACGGAGGAGGGGUUCUCAGAGUCCUUACGGCUGGGGAGGGGGCGUUGCCCCAUGAAUUAUUCAUGGAAGGUGUGGAGGGAGUCGCAGGCGGUUUUAUUUAUACUAUUCAGGAAGGUGAAGUUCUCUUAAAAAACCUUCAUUCUCGCCCCCGAAGACUCCUUGACCACAUAAGUAAUCUCUAGGAAGAGGACGUCCAUGGUGACAUUGUCUUCGUGGACAUUAUCGACACUUACCGGAACGUCCCUGCAAAGUUACUGAACUUCUAUCAGUGGACCGUGGAAACAACCAACUUUGAUUUGUUGCUGAAGACAGAUGAUGACUGUUACAUAGACUUAGAAGCCGUUUUUAACAGAAUUGCCCUCAAGAAUCUGGACGGGCCUAAUUUUUGGUGGGGAAAUUUCAGGCUGAAUUGGGCGGUUGACUGAACUGGGAAAUGGCAGGAGCUGGAGUACCCCAGCCCCGUGUACCCUGCCUUCGUGUGCAGGUCGGGGUAUGUGAUCUCCAAGGACAUCGUCCACUGGCUGGCCAGCAACUCGGGGCACUUGAAGACCUACUAGGGUGAAGACGUGAGCAUGGGCAUCUGGAUGGCGGCCAUCGGACCUAAACGGUACCAGGACAGCCUGUGGCUGUGCGAGAAGACAUGCGAGCCGGGGAUGCUGUCGUCCCCGCAGUACUCUCUGUGGGAGCUGGCCGCGCUGUGGGAGCUGAAGGAGUCGGGCAGGGACCCCUGCCAGUGCGCAGCCAGGUGA